AUGUCAGCGCUGACCACGUUGAUGACGUCCCCCACUGUCCACGGUCCUCCUCUGGAGUCCACCGAGAACUUGCCGGUAAACGCCACAGGGUGCGUGCGUAAAGUUGCCACGUACUGCGCCAAGUCGCCCUGGAGAAGCAGCUCAGGUUUCCCUUCAGGAUCUUCAGCCUCCUCUUUAAAAACAAUCGACGUUUGUGAAGACAACCCCCCCUCCGCUGUGCCCUUUAACACAAUGGAGCGCAAGUCUUCCCAUGGGGUUAUCGACUGCGAUCCAAACAGGAAGGAGGUGAUGGUGAAGACAGGAGGGAUGAACGACAAGGCGUCACGAAAGACCUACACUUUUGAUAUGGUAUUUGGUCCAGCUGCCAAGCAGAUUGACGUGUACAGGAGCGUCGUCUGCCCAAUUCUGGAUGAAGUCAUCAUGGGAUACAACUGCACUGUUUUUGCCUACGGUCAGACUGGAACAGGAAAGACGUUCACCAUGGAGGGAGAGAGGAGUCCAGACGAGCAGUUCACCUGGGAGGAGGACCCUUUGGCUGGCAUCAUCCCCAGAACGCUGCACCAGAUCUUUGAGAAGCUUUCAGAGAACGGCACAGAGUUCUCAGUCAAAGUCUCCCUGCUGGAGAUCUACAACGAGGAGCUGUUCGACCUGCUCAGCCCCACCGAGGACGUCAACGAGCGGCUGCAGCUCUUCGACGACCCACGCAACAAGCGAGGUGUGGUGGUGAAAGGUCUGGAGGAGGUGACGGUUCACAACAAAGAUGAAGUUUAUCAGAUCCUGGAGAGGGGAUCAGCCAAGAGGAGGACGGCCUCCACGCUCAUGAACGCCUAUUCUAGUCGCUCCCACUCUGUGUUCUCAGUCACCAUUCACAUGAAGGAAAUCACUCUGGAUGGAGAGGAGCUUGUGAAGAUUGGCAAACUCAAUCUGGUGGAUCUCGCUGGCAGUGAGAACAUUGGGCGUUCAGGUGCCGUGGACAAGCGAGCUCGCGAGGCGGGAAACAUCAACCAGUCUCUGCUAACACUGGGCAGAGUGAUCACCGCUCUGGUGGAGAAAAGGCCUCACGUUCCCUACAGAGAGUCUAAGCUGACCAGAAUCCUACAGGACUCUCUGGGAGGACGAACAAAAACCUCCAUCAUCGCCACCGUCUCGCCUUCCUCCAGCAACCUGGAAGAGACUCUGAGCACGCUGGAGUACGCCAGCAGAGCCAAGAACAUCAUGAACAAACCUGAGGUUAACCAGAAACUCACCAAGAGGACGCUCAUUAAGGAAUACACAGAGGAGAUCGAGCGUCUGAAGCGCGACCUGGCCGCUACCCGAGACAAGAACGGAGUUUAUCUGUCUGCAGAGAACUACGAGAGUAUGAUGAGUCAGAUCACCUCUCGCGAGGAGAAUAUAGUGGAGUACACGGACCGGAUCGCCGCCAUGGAGGAGGAGCUCAAGAAGGUGACUGAGCUGUUUGUGGACAGUAAGACCAGACUAGAGCAGUGUACUGUAGAUCUGGAUGAGAAGCAGCAGAGGCUGGAGGUGACGAGCCAAGACCUGCAGCAGACCAAACACAAGCUGAGUCAGGAGGAGUUCAUCUGCUCGGAGCUCGCCUCAGUCCAGGAAACCCUCUACAGCACCGCAGGACAGCUGCUGAGUACAGUGGAUGUCAGCACCAGUGACGUGUCGGGUCUCCACGCCAAGCUGGACAGGAAGAAAAAGGUAGAGCAGCACAACACGGAGAUCCAGCAGAGCUUUGCUCAGCGGAUGGAUGGAGCGUUCAGCAACAUGGAGCACUGCGUUCAGCAGCAAGGAACCAAACACCAAGACAUGCUGAGCAGCUACUCGCAGGCCAUCGAUGGUUUGCUCGUUAGGAACGAGGCAGCGCUAAAGGGAGCUCUGGCCACUGUGGAGUCCUUCACUGGCGGAGUCGGGCAGCUGGUCGCCGAGGGCGUCAGUCGCUGCCAGGACAGAGUGCAGCAACAGGAGGGGCUGUGUCUGCAGGACAAGGAGAGCCUGCUGCAGCUGUUGGAAGAGCAUCGACAGGACAUGGAGGAGGUCCUGGUGGCUCGGACUCUGAUGGGCCUGUCGGCUGUCAAGGAGCUCAAUGACAGCCUGAGAGCCACAGUGGAGACGCAGCGAGCUCUGGCCGGCAAGGUGGAGGCGAUGAAGGAGGUGGGUGUUUUCUUCAGCGGGUUGGUUCAGGAGCUGGCCGUGCUGCGGGAGGCCGCCGUGCAGGGUCUGAGCUCACUGCAGACUGAACAUGACAAGCUGGAGGAUGAGAUCAGACAAGCGCAGGAGAGACACCAGACGGGUAUGAAGCAGACCAUUCAGUGUCUGCAGGACCAGCUCAACCUGCUGGCCAUGGAGGCCCAGAAGGACUAUACCGAUCUGCACUCUGCCUCCAAAUCUCUGCAGAAACCUCUACAGAUCCUGCAGGAGAACAUCAGCAGUGGUUGCAGUACAGUGGAGCGUCGGGCCUCGGCCCAGGUGGAGAUCCUCUCCUCCACCUCCUCCUCUCUGGCCUCCUCUCUGCGUCUGAAUGCUGACGAGAGCCAGCAGACGCUGGAAGAGAUGACAGGCUGCUGCUCCCACCUCCACAGCUCUGUGUCCGGUCUGGUGGAGCGUGACCUCCAAUGGAGCUCCAGAGCCAGGGAGCAUGCAGAGACGCAAACCCAGCAACACCUGUCCCUAAUGGGGAUGAUUUCUACUGAAGCUCAGACCCUCCAUCAGAACGUGGAGAUGCACUGCACUGAACAGCUCCGAACAGCCAGGGUGGAGCUGACCAGUCGGCACGAGGAAGUGAAGCAGGCUCUGAUUGGUGUGCAGGACCAGACCUCCCUGGAUCGGAAUGUCCUGGAACAACAGCAGGCUGAGCUGCAGGACCAUGUGGAGACUAGCCAACAGCUUGUCCACGGCUUCCUGCAGGAAGAGCUGCAGCAGGAUGUUCCCACCGGUACGACCCCUCAGCGUCGGGAGUUUGUGUAUCCCAGGCAGCUGAUAAAGUCGCGGAGCCGCUGUGAGCUGCUGGAGAGCCUGAAGAGGCAACAUGAGCAGCUGCAAGCCGCCAUGGAGGAGGAGGAGGAGGAGGAGCUGGAGGAGGACGAUGACAAACACAGCCAGGUUGACCACGACUCUCUGGAGGAUGAGCUGAGUACUUGUAAUGAAAGCUUAGCCACAGAGCCGUCCUUCAUCGACGAGAACCUCGUCUUCAACGAGAGCAAACGCGUUCCCUUCUUCAAGCAAAAGAAGGGCGGUAAGAAGGAGUCAAAGAUCCCUGCCAGGUCAAAAGCAUCAGAAAACGAAGCUGCGUUGACGCCUCAGAAAUCCAGACUGCCACUCCGCUGUCAGAACUAAAAAAGUUUAUUUAACAGUUUAAACUAUGUUAUUACUGUCUCACAUACUUUUAAUCAUUUUGUCUUCUAAAUGUUAGAAAGUUGUCUCAUGAACUUUCACUUGUCUUAGUAUCAGAAGUGUCUCGACAUUUUCAAGUUGCUUGUAAAAUUAAAGAGAUUUAUACUUGUUUUAUA